GUAGUUAAACCCAAACCCCUAAAAACAAAAACAAAAAAAAAAAACCCAAACCCCUCAGGCCUUUCAGCCAAUCCUUCAAAAGUUCGAACCCCCCAAAUUAUCUUGAGAAAAAUGGCAGCAACAGUGGCAUCACUCUCUUCCUCACUCCUCUUCUCCAAACCUUCUCUCACUCUCAGACCCUUCCGUACACUUCCUCGCAUCAUAACCUCUUCACUUCCUUCUUCCUCUUCCUCUCCCUCUCCCCCACAAUUCAACAUCUCCUUCGCACCGCCAAAGCCCAAACCCAAGCCCUCCGAACCCGACCCGUUCUCCGACUCCGACCCCGAAUCCGGAGGCCAGCUCAUCAUCCCGUGGAUUGUCCGGGGCGAAGAUGGCAACCUCAAGCUCCAAAUGCACCCUCCCGCGCGUCUUCUCCACGCGACGGCCAAUUCCGACACCGCCACCACCACCACCAAAGUGACCAAAAAAAACAAGAUUAACAAAAACAAGAGCUCCGAGGUUGUUCCUAAAUCCAAUUAUUCCAAGGCUGCUCGGAGAUUCUAUAAUGAUAAUUUCAAGGACCCCCCUCAGCGACUAAGUAAGGUUCUCGCUGCCGCCGGAGUGGCAUCGAGGCGGAGUAGUGAAGAGCUUAUAUUUGGAGGCAAGGUUACUGUUAAUGGUUCCGUGUGCAAUACUCCACAGACUCGUGUUGAUCCUGCGAAGGAUAUUAUUUAUGUCAAUGGGAACCGUCUUCCUAAGAAGCAGCCUCCAAAGGUUUAUCUUGCCUUGAACAAACCAAAAGGGUACAUUUGCUCAUCUGGGGACAAAGAGUCUAAGUCCGUGUUGAGUCUGCUUGAUGAUUAUUUGAAGAUAUUGGAUAAAAGAAAUUCAGGAGUACCCAAGCCACGACUGUUCACCGUAGGGCGCCUUGAUGUUGCCACUACUGGUUUGAUUAUUGUGACUAAUGAUGGAGAUUUUGCUCAACAAAUUUCACAUCCUUCAGCUAACUUAUCAAAGGAAUAUAUAGCAGUAAUAGAUGGCGAUGUUAAUAAGCGGCACUUGAUAGCCAUCAAUGGCGGAACAGUCAUUGAGGGCGUCCAUUGCACCCCAGAUUCUGUGGAGCUACUACCACGACAACCAGAUAUACCAAGACCUCGUCUUCGCAUUGUGGUUCAUGAAGGGAGGAAACAUGAAGUUCGAGAGCUUGUGAAAAAUGCUGGACUUGAGAUUCAUUCAUUAAAGCGUGUCAGAAUUGGUGGUUUCAGACUUCCAUCGGAUCUUGGGAUAGGGAAGCACAUUGAACUGAAACAAAGCCAUCUGAAGGCACUGGGUUGGAAGAGUUAAGAAACUUCUGCUCAAUGCUGGAGUUUGUUUCCUUAAUUCAAAUGAAGUUCAGCUUUGGAGUGUUGCCACGGAAAUUCGUCAAUACUUUAUUGUAAUGGGUGGGAGCCAUUUGGUUGUGAUUACCACCCCCUUUGGAGGGACAGAAUUUGGGUACUUGAGUUGGACUGCAUUUUGUAUAUGCCAGUAUGCCACUAUUGGUAUCAAUGCAAGUGAUCUUUAUUGCAGAAUUUGGAAGGUGAGAAGUGGUAAGAUCAUUCAUAUAAAUGUGGAAAAAUUGCAGGUUACAAGUGCUCUCUUUUUGUAAAUAGUGCAAAUGACAAAGGAGAGGCUGUAAAGAAAAUGGUUAUAUUGCUGAUAGUGUGUUAGCUUUUUAAUUAGAGAUCAGGACUUGUAAUGAUUUUACCUCAGAAGUUGAAUCAUAAACAAAAAUGGAAUACGUUAUCACUUCCAUAUGAGGAAUAAUGUGGUGUUUUUCUUUUUUAA